CCGCCGGCGGCCGCAGCGGGGUCUCUGCAGCUGGAGGGUCCGCGCCGCCGCUCCCGCCGCGCUGAGAGAGGGGCGCCGAGCUCCGGCGGGGACGCAGGCGGCCGCCCGGGCUGGCGGGGGCAGCCAGGAUUCUCCAUGGUGAAGAUGGUCAGCCAUGGAAAACAUAUUGCAAUAAUAGUCCAACAGCUUAACAAAUUUAACCCUGAAAAUCAGAGCGUGGAGGAUUUCUUGAAUGAAUCAGCUAAGAUGUUGCAGACUCUUAAUGUGACAGAAGAAAAAUUUGUGUUGGAUACACUAGCUGGAUGCAUAGAAUAUAAAUCCUUAUUUGAUGUGGUAGUCAAUGCCUUUUUUGUUCGGGAUGGGAGAUACUGCCGGAUUUCUGAGCGUAAUCUCUAUAUAGUUAUUUGUUAUCUGGCUACUUUUCAACUAGAAGAGCUCGGUCUUCAGCACUUCAGCAGAAUUGUGAAAUCUCUGGACACUGCAAAAAUGCAAAAGGUAAUGAAAUUUCUUAGAUUCUUCUUCAAUGCCUUGUAUUUGAACACAUGGAUAAAAGAUGAAUGGAGUCAGUUCUACGAUUCACUGUAUGUAAAAGAGAACUGGAUUGAUCCGCUGCUAAGAUGGCAGCCAAAAGUACAGCAACUGAUUGAACAGCUCACAGAUAAAUUAAGUAAUCAUACUACCACUGUCAAGACUUUGACGGUCACUCAGCCAAAGGAAUUUAAUUUGACUGUACCCAGACCACGUGCCAUUCCUAUACCUCUGCCAAUACCCGUACUGGAAAAAAGGCCACCUGUUCCCCCAAGCACCUACAAACCUCCAAAGGAAAAAAAGCAACUGGAGGAAAUCAAAACAAAAAAUCGCCGAAAAGCAGAAGAUCUGCUCCUGAAAGCAAAUGCUAACCAGUUCAGGUGUGCAAUGAUGAAGUCUGAAAAGGAAGAGAACACACAUGACAGUAUGAAGAGUAAACCAGCAUUCCAGGCUCAAAAGAUCCAAAGCAAGAUUGACAAUAUACCUAUUAAAUUAAAUGCUGCAGCUAUUUUAAGAGAGGGUGCCCUCUAUCAGCGGAAAAUGGAACAGGAGCUCAAGAGAAUUGAAAAUUUGGUACAAGGGGCUGGAGACCCAUCUGAAUUCUUGGAAUGGCAAAAGCAGAUGCGUGGAAAAGAUUUGGAAGAACAGCUGGCUGAAAUAGAGUGUAGGAGGCUUCAAGGGAAACUGAGUCAUGAAGAAGCAGUUCUAGCCCAUCAGAAUGUAAUUCAAGAAAAUAAGAAGAAAGCUGAUUUAAUGAGAGAAGAGAAAGCAGAGCUGAUGAACCAGUAUGCAGAGAAACAUCUACAGGAACAGAAAGAAAUGAGAGAGAUGGUGGAGCAGGUCGUGGAAGGACACAAGAAUGCAAAGCAAGCAAAAAUAAAGCUCCGGAAAUACAAACAGCAGAUAGUUCAGGAAGUUUGUGAAGAAAAUCGAGAACUUCUUCGGCAAGCUUUAGAAGAAGAGGAGGAGAAGCUUAGGAAAAGAUAUGAACUAAUUCAACAAAUACGAGCUAUUGAGUCUUUACCAAGCAUCAGACGCAAGUUUGUGGAUUUAACAGAGACUGGUGGCCAUGGUUUAAUUUGUGAAAUGUCAAUAGUGGAACUACGUGAACGCCUCGCUCUACUCAGAGAGGCACAGAAGGCAGCAGAGGAAGAGAAGAGAGACCAGAUAAUUCAUGAAAAACAAGCUAAGGAACAACUUCUUCUAGACAAACUGGACCAGAUUUCCCUGUUCAGAGCAGAACUUGGACGAGCAGCUGCUUUAAAGCAAGAAGAAAAGAAAAGAAAGUCCCAGUCUGGUGAAAGGCCUAUGAAAGAUGAACGCAUUUUAAGCCUGCAGAAAAAGAUUGCAGAAAAAACAAUGGAGCGUAAAAAGCAAGCAGGACUCUUAAAGAUUACCCCCCAGAAAACCAGCAUCACAUCAAGGAAGGAUUCUUUGCAAUGGAACCGUUGGAAAGAACUGGAAGAGAGUCGGGAAAGACAGUUCAAGAUCCUUCAACAUGGCUUCAUGGCCAGAGAAACAGCUCAGAAAAUGGCUGCCUAUGAGGCAGCAAGAAGUGGAGCCACAGUCUGCAUAUUGCGCUCUGAAGUAAAAUAAAAUACAUUUGGAACAAAUUCAGGCCUGCUGGAAAUCUCCCAGUGUGCCUGUUUCCUACAAGGUUGAAUUUUAAUCUUUAUUUCACCUUUACAGUGUGGUUAGAAACAUCUGGGUCAUACAAGCACAAUAGAAUAAAAAUGCAUUAAUUUUUUUGUCAUAGAAUUUUAUUUUUACACUAUAAUGAUACUUUUUUUUUGUUAGAAUCAAAAGCUUUAAGAAACCCAAACCUUACCAUCGAAGUUCCUACAGCAGAAUGGCAAAUAUCUGCGUAAGAAUGUUGAGAUCUGUAUGUCUGUUAUUGUUGUAUACUAUGUCAUGAUUUGCUAUGAUCAUCUUCCAAGAGAGUAAAAAUGAGGGCAAAAACCAAGCAACAUUUGUUUACAUAUGCAUCUUUUCAGAAGGCAUGGUCAGCCCAAGCUCCUAACAUGUCUUCUAACAUAACAGUAACUGUGUGAAACUCUUGGAUCACCAGUUUCAACACCGGUUUUAGAGGAUGAGGGAAAAACUGUUUAGAAAGUUUAGAUGAUGUGAUAGCCUUCAGGAGCCAGAGUCUAGAUUCAGUGACCCAGACAGACCAUCCGUCUACUCACAGAUGUGAAUUUCUUCAGUCUUUAAACAGUGGAAGGAGAACAAUUUCUAUACUGUGUAAAACAGCCUUUAAAUCACAAGACUUAUUCUAGGCACAAAGCCAAGGAGGAUAUAAAUCUGAAUUAAAAUCUGCA